UCUCUGGUGUCCUAGCAACCAGAAAAUCAGAUCUGAUCUCUGGCCAGGACAGAGGCCAUUCUUCCCUGACCACUGUGACUCUCUGCCUUCCGAGCCUCUGAAGACCUGCUUGUGCAGCUCUUUGACCACAGGAAGCCACCACUUGUCCCCAAGGAUUCCAAGAAGCCUAGCCGCACCAACCCAGCCCGGCAAGAUGAGCUUCUCACUCACAUUCAUGGAACUGACCAACAUUGCCAUACCACAGUGCGGGGUGGUGAAUUUCAGGGCCCUGCACCUCCUGAUCAAGGGCAUUCUGGAGCACAUUCAAAUAGCUGAGCUCAAGAAGGAACUCUCGGGGGAUGAGGACUUCCUCCAGACCUCGCAGGUCGUGGUUGUGCCUGGGGAAGGAGAUUCCCAGCCUGCAAUCAACCCUAUGAAGCGACUCAGCAACGUCUUUGACGGUGUGGUGACCCGCCUCGACAGGAUAGAGAAUCAACUGGCUGGGCUGCAGGACCUGCCCUCCACUGCCCAGCUGCUGGAGGGCAGCCAGGGGACCAAACGGCCUGCCGAGGACCUGUGGCAUCUCAUCAAGCUCCGAAAGAUGGUGGAGGGCAAUGAAGAAGCCAUGGCCAAGUCCAUGGUGACCCUGCAGGAUCUGCUCACUGACCUGUACCCACUCAAGGUCACCGUUGAAACCCUCAGGAAGGACGUGAACAUGAUGAAGGAUUGUUUUGAAAAGAUAUGCCCAGAAAAAGUGGACCUCUUAUCUGAGGACUUGAAAACGCAGAACCGGAAGAUGAGCAUACUGCAGCAUGAAGUGGAUUCUCUCAAGAACAGGAUUCACGCUCUCCCCAAAGCUGAGGAUCUGGUGCUCUGGAGUGGCCUCCAUGAGGCCAUGUUCACUCCAGAAGCCACUUCACAAGAGCUGGAGAUGUCCAAACAGUGGCAGACCACAGACCAGCCUCCACAGGCUGCCCUGGCCCAGGAGGAGCCCGGGUUGCCUUCCCAUGUCUCAUGGCCCGUCCAAGGCCCUGGCCUCCAGCAGACUGCCUGGCCGACUGGCUGGCCGCCUGCCCAGGCAGAUCUACUCAGCAGUGUCCAGGCGCCAGGUCAACCUCAGGCUCUCAUGCCUGGUCCUGGGCCUUGGCCUUGGCCUGGGCCUGGGCCUGGGCCUAUUCCUGCUCCUGCUCCUGCUCCUGGGCCUGGGCCUGCUCUUGGGCCUGCUCCUGGGCCUGCUCCUGUUCCUAGGCCUGGGCCUGCUCCUGCUCCUAGGCCUGGGCUGGUUCCUGCUCCUGGGCCUGCUCCUGUUCCUAGGCCUGGGCUGGUUCCUGCUCCUGCUCCUGCUCCUGUUCCUAGGCCUGGGCCUGCUCCUGUUCCUAGGCCUGGGCUGGUUCCUGCUCCUGCUCCUGGGCCAGCUCCUGUUCCUAGGCCUGGGCUGGUUCCUGCCCCUGCUCCUGGGCCUGGACCUUCUCCUGUUCCUAGGCCUGGGCUGGUUCCUGCUCCUGCUCCUGCACCAGGGCCUGGGCCUGUUCCUGCUCUAGGGCCUGGGCCUGUUCCUGCUCCAGGGCCUGGGCUGGUUCCUUCUCCUGCUCCUGCUCCUGCUCCUUGGCCUGGGACUGGGCCUGGGCCUGGGCCUGGACCUUGGCCUGGGCCUGAACCUUGGCCUGGGCCUGGACCUUGGCCUGGGCCUGGACCUUGGCCUGGGCCUGGACCUUGGCCUGGGACUGGGUCUACUUCUGGACCUUGGCCUACUCCUGGACCUUGGUCUGUUCCUGGACCUUGGCCUGCUCCUGGAACUGAGCCUGCUCCUGGGACUGGGCCUGCUCCUGGGACUGGGCCUGCUCCUGGGACUGGGCCUGGUCUUGGACCUUGGCCUGCUCCUGGGACUGGGCCUGCUCCUGGGCCUUGGCCUGCUCUUGGACCUUGGCCUGGGACUGGGCCUUGGCCUGCUCCUGGAGCUGAGCCUGCUCCUGGGACUGGGCCUGCUCCUGGACCUUGGCCUGGGACUGGGCCUUGGCCUGCUCCUGGAGCUGAGCCUGCUCCUGGGACUGGGCCUGGGACUGGGCCUGCUUCUAGGCCUGAAUCUGGGCCUGCUCGUGGGCCUGGGCCUGGGCCUGGGCCUGGGCCAGGGCUGGAGCCUGAAACCAUGCCUGCAGUGGGGCCUGGUGUGACACCUGGGUUCAUGCCAGCAGUUUUGCCUGUAGUUGGACCCAGACCUCAACCUGCCCCAGGAGCUUGGCCCAUACCACCAGGAGGCAGGCCUGGAGCUGGCACUUGGCCUUUGUUUGACUUUUUCCAGCCUGGCCCAGGUCCAUCAGACUCCCAGCAGCCCCCCAGGGCCCCACCCCCAGCCACAGAGUUGGGAUCAUCGUGGCCUCUUCCACUGCAGCUACACCAGACUCUUGAGGCCCCAGAGCUCCCAGCUGUGGAAGAAAAGGGGGAUGAAUAUUACCCUUACCUCAUGGUAGACUCUCUGGCUGGGCCUUCCCCAGGUGAAGCCACCAAGGAUCAGGGUCCCACGGCUAGGGCCUCGGAAGCACACCUGAAGGGUCCCCAGAAUGCCCUUGAGCAAUUGAAAACCACUGUUGCUGCUGCUGCUGCAGCUGCUGCAAACUACGCUGCGGCUGCCAACUCAGCUGCCCAGACAGCCAAGGCUGCUGCCAAGGCGAUCACCGAUGCCCCUGCCAGCAAACUGGCUACUAAAACCGCCAUUGCGGCUGCCUCUGGGCCCUUUGGGACCCGUUCAGAUGUCUCGGGUGCAGGGCCUUCCCGCGGGGCCUCUGAACCUACAACCUUGGAUCAGGAGAGCAAGCAGCUACAAGACUUGGUGGUAGAUUAUGAAGAAUUGGCUCCCCAGUUCCCCACCAAGGACAUUCCUCCCACCAAAACCCUGUCACAGGCCAUGCAGGCUGCCAAGAAGGCAAGGAGCACCCAGGACAAGAAGGCGGCGGUCAAGCGCUCCAUGGGCCACAUAGCCCAAGUGCCUGAUAGACAUGACUCCCUGAGGGAAGAGUUUGCCCAGCUGUCAAACAACCUGCAGCAGCAGCUGGCUUACCUAGUGCACGCAGGAGGCUUUUCCAAGCUUGAGGCGGCCGUGGACAUACUGCAGGACAAGAUAAAUAACAUCCAGAAGUCCAGGCUAAAGGAAGAGGAACUUGAGAGAGUUUGGGGCACCCAAAUAGAGUCCAUGAAGAAUCACUACGUCGUGCUGGACCGCUUGGUGGGAAAGCUCCAGGCUCGUGUGGAUGAGUUCAAGAAUCUCCAGGCUCAAAUCAGAAACCUGGAGCAGACCAAGGCGAAUAAGAGCUCGCUGGAGGAGGAGCUUCGAGAAAAAGCUGACAAGAGCUCCCUGGCAAGCAAGGCGAACCGCGCAGACCUGGAGACGGUCGUGACCGAGCUGCAUGAGACGUUUCAGAGCAUCUUGUUCAAGCUCACGACCCAGAAUGACCACUGGAAGAAUGCUGUGGAGCAGCUCAAGAAGGAACUGAGCACCAAGCUGGUGCACAGUGACCUGGACCUUCUGAAGAAGGGCCUGGAGGAGGUCUGGGAAGCAGUCAAGAAGCUGCUGCUGGAGGGCCUGCUCUACGACCCCGACAGCGCCGCGGGCUUCAGGAGGCGAGCGGCGGGAGGGCUGCGGCUGCCAGCCUCAGGCACCCCUGGAUUCCAGACCAUGGGCACAGGGAAACUCUUUGAGCGGGUGAAGUGCAUUUCCUGCGACCGGCCAGUGGAGAUGAUGACCGGCCCGCAGCUCAUCACCAUACGCAAAGCCCGCCUGCUGUCAAAGCUGCGGCCAGCCAGUGCCAACAGCUACGAAUACCUACAGCGCCAAAUGGUGAGGGAACAGCUGCAGCUGCAAGAGGACGGCCUGCACACUCUGGGCUCUCAGCAGGACUGGGGCGACAGCCUCCGAAAUGACACCACCCUCAAGUUCAAGCCAGGGGAACUGUCAACACUCUACCCCUAUGGGGACCCCCAAGUGUUAAACUAUGACACUGCCGAGGUGGACAUCCUGGGAGUGGACGGGAUUCUGUACAAAGGCCGAAUGAACACUCAGUUUGGGGCCCAACCCUUGACCACUGCAGAGAAGGAGUUGGCAGCUGUCAAGGUUCCUUGUCCCCCAGCUAGAAACCUGUAUGCUCCUGUGCGCUCCGGUGACUUAUUCGGUACCAUCUGCCCCCCCUUGGGUCCCCGCACUGGAGCCUGCUCAGCCACCUCUGGCUCUCCCUCCGUGAUGCUGGCUCAACCGCCAUCCCUGCCACCUCUGCCACUGCUGCCGCCGCUGUUUCCCCCUCUGCGGAACCCCCAGCAGGUCCCAGAGCCUACCAGACACUUGAGGUCUCUGCGCCCUGAGUCCCGAACCAGCAAGCAGCCUAUGGAGGAGCCUGUCAACCCGACUGUGUUCAAAUGAGGCCAAGCUCCGCCGAACCCCAGUGACUCACCUCUCCAAGCCACUUCGGGGGCCACUGGUUCGCACAGCCCCAGCCCCACCUCCAUGUCACAGAUGAGUAUUUUGGCAACUUCUUCCCAGAAUAAAAUCUUCCAUCUUUCUGA